AGGAGGAGAGAGAAAGAGAGAGAGACGGAGAGAGAGAGAGAGACAGAGAGAGACAGAGAGAGAGAGACAGAAAGAGAGAGAGGAGGAGAGCGAGGGAGCAGUGGAGAAGGACAUAGCAGGAGAUCCAGAGGCUGAACUUUUGUGAAACUUCUUCAAAAAGAACUCCAAAAGUUUGAGGACUCAGGAUGUCGUCAGUCCAACAGCAGAACGGCCCAGAAGACUCAGCACACCGGAGCUUCUGGAUGCCUGGAAACUACCAGCAGACAGUGAAGAGGACAGAAGACUCCUUCCAGGCGUGUAACGACAUUGUGACGUGUUUUCAGGAGCGAGCGCGAGUGGAGAGACUUUACGCUCAGCAGCUUAACGAGUGGAGCAACAAGUGGAAGCCCGUAGUGGACACCAGUCCUCUGUACGGCUCUCUGUUAAGGGCCUGGCAGUGUUUCCUCUCCUCCGCUGAUCGUCUCUCCACCCUGCACUCCUCCAUCUGUCGCUCUCUGGUGUCUGAGGAUGGAGAGAGGAUCAGGACGUGGCAGAAGGAGACGUUCCAUAAGAAGAUGUUCGGAGGCUUCAGGGAGUCGCAGGACUUUGAGAUGGGAUUCACUCGAGCUCAGAAACCCUGGGCCAAGAGACUCAAGAAGCUGGAGAAGGCAAAGGCUGCGUUCCAUAAAGCGUCUCGUAAAGAGCACAUGGCUCGGGAACGUGAAGCUCAGGCUCGGGGAAACCCUGAGAUCACCAUCGAGAAACAGCGGAAGAUCCAGGAGGAGCAUGAGAUCACUCAGCAGAAGAUGCAGAAGGUCAGAGCCCGGUACGAGAAGGUUCUGGAAGAAGUGACACGCUACGCCCCCCGCUACAUGGAGGAAAUGGAGUCCAUCUUUGACCAAUCACAGGAGGAGGAGAGGAAGAGGAUCAGCUUUCUCAAACAGGCCUUUUUGUCCAUCCACAGGCACCUCGACGUCACCAACAACGAGAGUGUGAAGACUGUGUAUAAUGAGCUCCAUGAUGCUCUGAUGGCCAUUAAUGAUCAGGAGGACCUGCGCUGGUGGAGGAACACACACGGUCCUGGCAUGCCCACUGACUGGCCUCAGUUCCAGGAAUGGAUACCAGACAAGAAGCUUAAAAAAGGGAAGAAAGCUGUGGAGCAGAAGGCGGUGGUGGUGGAGAGAGGUACAAUGAUCGGUGGAGUGAGAGUCCGGGCUCUUUAUGAUUAUGUUGGACAGGAGCCGGAUGAGCUGUCCUUUAAAACUGGUGAGGAGUUUGUGAAAAUUGAGGAUGAGGAUGAUCAGGGUUGGUGUAGAGGGAUGAUGGAUGGAGGAAAAGAGGGUCUUUAUCCAGCCAACUAUGUGGAGGUGGUGUAGGUCCUGCAGCGCCACCUACCACUGUGAUGGGACACACACACACACACACACACACACACACACACACACACACACACACACACACAAAACACUGUUUUUAACACACCCUUGUCAAAGCGUUACCUCUCUUACCCACAGUUCUGUAGCAGUCUGCAUGUUAGUUAUCAAAGCCUAGAGUGGAUUCUGCCCCAUCACACCCUCCUCACCCAGGCCCCUUCAUCCUGCCCCACCCCUGCCUCCUUCCCCCAAUUACAGUCCAUCACGUACCUGAGCUGAUAAAGUAACACAACGGUCCCUAAGAUGUGGUGGGUAAAUAGAGAGGGGCAAAUAGCCUGGGGUGUGUUAAAGUCAGUAUAGAAACCCAGCCACACGCUGCCUCGGGGGUCCUGACUGCACUCAGGGCUUCCAUCAUGUUCAUAACUUCAUGCCAGUCUGUGAUUUUUUUAAUUGUAGUGUUUGGUAUUUGUGUAAGUGAAGAAGGUGUGCAGGAAGCAGCUGACGUGUUUGCGUACGUGUUUGCGUACGUGUUUGCGUACGUGUUUGCGUACGUGUUUGCGUACGUGUUUGCGUACGUGUGCAGAGUUUAGACUUAGCAUGAGAAUAAGAAACAUGUUUUUAUUCAGUACAAUAUUUAGCUUUAGUGUUUCAGGUGUUUUGGAGAUGAAACAGCGCUUUGAGGUGACAUGAAGAUACACGAGACAGUUCAUAUGCUAUAAUGUAACACGAGUGACUCUCACGGUCUGACCAGAUGACAUUAAUGUAGAGCCGUGAAGCGCUACGUCAGGUUGACAUAACACCUGAGUCAAGUGACAUAGAUUGUCCUGAGAGAUUUAUUUUAGAUCGUCAUGACAACUGACUUUGUAGCUCAGGCUCGACUCUUACGUUAGGAUUUUUUACGUUUUUAUAUCAGGUGUCAUAAAGGGCUUAUAAAGGCCUCAUGUAGCUCUAUGAACACAGCUAUCAAAUUUUUGUCCUAUGAUGUUUGUCCCACAUUAUAGCACAUACGGCCAUCACAGCACAUGCUAGGACCCAAUCAGACAAAAAGAAUUAGAUGUACACAAUACAGUGCAAAAGUAUUCACCCCCUUUGAGCUUUUCUGUCUUUUGUAUCAUUACAACCUGGAGCUUAACUGGGAUUUUUGUUUUAAUGGUUUGAGUUACACAUUUUAAUAUAUUUUAAAUAAAACAAACAUUAUAUUGGUUCAAGCGCUGGGUCUCAGUGUUUUGCCCGACACAGUGCUUGUUUGUAAAAGGUUUAGAGAAAGAAUAGCCAUGAAUUCUCAAACAGACUGGAGUUGAUUUUGAUUGGCAGUUCAUUCAGCUUAUUGCUUCCUGUCUCAAGGUGAAGCUCCGCCCCACAAUGUCAUUUGCAUACUGAAACAGGUUUCUGUCUAGGAUUGUUGUGUGUUUGUGUCUGUUCAUCUUACCUCCACUCCAGACCAGCUGUCUGGUCCAUGCUGAGCAAAAACCUCCCCACAACAUGAUGCUACCACCACCAUGUUUCACUGCAGUUUGAUGACAAGUAGAUGUCCACCAAAUUUGCCACCUUGUACCAAGACCAAAUAUGUUCAGUUCUUCAUUUAAUCAACAUGAAAAAAACUAUUUUACACUCAAUAUAAAAAUGUCCAACCAUCUCAAAUGUUUAUAUAAAGUUUAUUUUCCAUUUCAGUUGCAGGUUGUAACGCUACAAAACAACAGUUUAAUUUAUAUAUGUGUGUGUAUGUGUGUGUGUGUGUGUGUGUGUGUGUGUGUGUGUGUGUGUGUGUGUGUGCAUGUGUGUGUGUGUCUGCACGUGUGUAUAGGUGUGUGUGUGUGCGCGCAUGUGUCUGUGUGUGUGCGUGUGUGUGUCUCUGCAUGUGUGUAUAAGUGUGUGUGUGCGCAUGUAUCCGUGUGUGUGUGCGUGUGUGUGUCUGUGUGUGUGUAUAGGUAUGUGUGCGCAUGUGUCUGUGUGUGUGUGCGUGUGUGUGUCUGUGUGUGUGUGUGCGUGUGUCUGCAUGUGUGUAUAGGUGUGUGUGUACGCAUGUGUCUGUGUGUGUGCGUGUGUGUGUGUAUAGGUGUGUGUGUGCGCAUGUGUCUGUGUGUGUGCACAUGUGUCUGUGUGUGUGUGCGUGUGUGUCUGUGUGUGUGUGUGUCUCCACGUGUGUAUAGGUGUGUGUGCACGUGUGUCUGUGUGUGUGUGCGUGUCUGUGUGUGUGUGUAUAGGUGUGUGUGUGCAUGUGUCUGUGUGUGUGUGUGUGUCUGCAUGUGUGUAUAGGUGUGUGUGUGCGCAUGUGUCUGUGUGUGUAUGUCUGUGUGUGUGUGUGUGUCUGUGUGUGUGUGUGUGUGCGCAUGUGUCUGUGUGUGUGUGUCUGUGUGUGUGUGUGCGUGUGUGUGUCUGUGUGUGUCUGCAUGUGUGUAUAGGUGUGUGUGUGCGCAUGUGUCUGUGUGUGUAUGUCUGUGUGUGUGUGUGUGUGUGUGUCUGUGUGUGUGCGCAUGUGUCUGUGUGUGUGUGUGUGCGUGUGUGUCUGUGUGUGUGUGUGCGUGUGUGUGUCUGUGUGUGUGUCUGCAUGUGUGUAUAGGUGUGUGUGUGCGCAUGUGUCUGUGACUGUGUGUGUAUGUAUGAGAAGGAGAGAUUUAACAUAGCUGUCGUUUGAGCUUUUCACGAGUGUUUCACACAAGUAGAAGAACAAAAAUGUGUUCUGUGUUUAAAAAAAGUUUAUAAUCUGACUUUGAUCUUGUUAUUAAUAAUUAAUUCAGUUCGUUGGUGUUAAAGAAUGUUUUUUUUUGCUUUACAUAUGCAAAGCGUUCUUUUAAAGGAUGAUGUGUGCGGAUGUGUGUAUCAUGUUAUAUGCACCUUAUUUACAGUAGCUAUAGUGAAAACACACACACACACACACACAAACACAGAGAAAGUGUUUCUAAAUUUCAAAUUACAAAUAAAUAAAUAUA